UUCUUCUCUCUCUAGAAAUUUGAGAGCUACAGCUGAGGAAAGCGAACUGCCAUGGGUGGCGAAACUUACUUGUCUCCUCCUCCAACCGAGGAUGAAUCGUUAUUAGGUCAGGAUUUCCCUCACGAAUCAAUUAAUUCAAGUGUUUCCAGUGAGGACGAUGAGGGUUUGAGGAAAAGGUUUGGGAAUGAUUCGCCGACCAAUGGGGAGUGUGGAUUAAUUCCUCGUAUUUCUUCGAUUAACGAUGCUGUGGGGAGACAGAGAUUGAAGCUGUAUGCAGAGGUUUCAACAAGUUACGAGGAUUUGCAACCUCGGAUUGACAGAUUGGAUGAGGCUAAAACUAAAAUUUUGAGCUACAAACCUGGUUCAUGGGCUGAAAAGGCAGUUGCUAUAGAUUCGAGUGUGUACGACGUGCCGAACACUACAUCGAUUUUGCUAGUCGGCCCAAAAGCUUCCGGAAAGAGCGCUCUUGUUAACAAAAUUUCUCGAGUUCUUGAAAAUGACUUAUUCACCUCAGAAAGAUCCCAAGUAUCAUGUAACUCUUCUACUGGAGAUGGAACCUAUUUCCUCCACGAGUACGCAAUUCCGAGAGAUUCUGGUUCUUUUUGUUUAUACGACACGCGAAGUUUGUCUGUCGAUGUGUCUGAAAAUACGGAAAUGGUGAACCGUUGGAUGACUAACGGUGUUCGUCAUGGGGAAUUGAUCGAAAGACAUUCUGAUGGUACGGAUUUAAAAGCUCGAUUGAAGUGCAAGGCUCGAAAGAGUAGCGCUUCGAGUAAGUUGAGGGCAGUUAACUUUGUCGUAUUCGUCGUGAAUGGGCUUUCUGUGUUGGAAUCGAUGGAUAGUUUUGAUGAAAAGAAGAAAGAGUACUCUCGAUUUAUUGCUUCAAAUUUCAAUAAUCCACUAUUGUCAUUUAAAGAUGAUAAGCCUGUUGUUGUAGUUACACACGGAGAUUUGCUUUCACUUUCUGAUCGUGUGAGAGUUCGUGUUUUUCUUGGAGAGCUUAUUGGUGUUCCUUCAACAACUCAGAUAUUCGACAUCCCAGAAAAUAACGAACCAGCCACUACACUGGCAAUAGUAGAUAUGUUAAUCUAUUGCCUCGAGCGCGCAGAUAGAAAUAUUCCCGCUAAAGUCAAAAGCCGUUUUUGGUCCAAGGUUUCUUAUGUGGUGAUAUAUUUGCUCGUCUGGAUUAUUCUAGCAAUGGCCGUUAUCUUUCGAUUUCGAAUCCGUGGUCCCCACUCUCAUCAGCCUCUGGAUCAAACCGACGCGUCACCACCGAUCGAAAUUGAAUGGCAUAAAAUUCGACAUUUGUGGUCGGAUUAGAUUAUCAUCAGCCAAUAAAUUAAUACUCUCUUUUUAAUUGUAAUUGUGGAAACAUGUAAAUAAGCAAGAUUAUCACAAUAAUGCCACUUCUGCAAUGAACGGAAAAAAAAAAAACAGCCUUCG